AUGAGCAUCAGGACCCCACCCACACUCCUGCAGCUGGCAGGGGAGAGCCUGCUGAGGGACCAGGCCUCGGCCAUCGCAGCUCUGGAGUACCUGCCCGCCGAGCUCUUCCCGCAGCUGUUCAUCCAGGCCUACCGUGGUAGACGUCUCCAGGUCCUGAAGGCGAUCACACAAGCCUGGCCCUUCACUGUCCUCCCUCUGGGCGGCCUGCCACACCUGUCACUAGACGAGGUCUUUAAAGCCGUGUUGGAUGGGCUUGACCUUCUGCUUGCCCAGGAGGUUCGCCCCAGGAGAUGGAAACUGCGGGUGCUGGAUUUAAGGAAACUGGGUGCAGACUUCUGGAGAAUGUGGUUGGGAGACAGCACCCAGAAGCGAUCACUGACAGGACCAGUGACUGUGCACAGGUCCAGCCCCAACAUGGAGCACCCCUUAGCUCCCGUGGAGGUGUUCCUAGACCUUAACUUCAAUGCAAGGGACAGGGAUAAAUUUUUCAUGUACGUCAUUCAAUGGGCCCAGCAGAGGGAAGGGCUGGUACACCUGUGCUGCAAGAAGCUGAGGAUUGCUGUGGUGCACUUCCACAGGGUGAGGCAGGUCCUGGAUGCCGUGCAGCUGGACUGCAUCCAGGAGGUGGAACUGAAGUGCACCUGGGACCUGCCCACCCUGGGGACCUUUGCUCUUUACCUGGGGCAGAUGAGGAACCUGCAGAGACUCUCUCUCUCCCACAUCCACAUGUUUGCAGGGGAGGAGGAUGAUGAAGAAGAGGAACAGGAGGAAGAGGAGCAAGAGGAAUCAGAGUGGGAGAGAGAGGAACAGCAAUCCUUUCACCAAUUCCUCUCUCAGAUCCUCAGGCUGCAGCACCUCCGAGAGCUCCACAUGGAUUCUCCCUGCUUCCUCCUAGGCCGUCUGGACCAGAUGCUCAGGUGCCUGCAGACCCCCUUGGACAGACUCUCCAUAAAAUAUUGCCUGCAUUUGAUGCAUUCAGACCUGAUACACCUGUUCCAGUGCCCGAAAAUAAGGCAGCUGAAGACUCUGCAUCUGUUUGCUCUCAGCCUCAAACAUUUUAAGCCAGAGCCCCUCCGAGCUCUGCUGGAGGCUGUGGCACCCACCCUCCAGGACCUGGGCUUAGACAACUGUGCCAUGGUGGACUCCCAAGUCGAGGCCAUCCUGCCUGUCCUGAGCCGCUGCCACCAGCUCAGGGAGUUCACCAUCUCUGAGAACAACUUCUCCUUGGCCACCGUGGGGAAGCUGCUGCGCCACACAGCCGGGCUGCGCAGCUUAGAGCUGGAGCUGUACCCCGUCCCCCAGGAGUGUUACACGACCCAGGGGACUGUCAAGAAGGACAGACUUGCCCUGGUCCGGGCUGAGCUAAAGAGGAUUCUGAGGGAGUUAGGACAGCCCAGGAUCAUCUCUCUUCGCACCAAUUACUGUGGUCAAUGUGACAACAGUAAAUUUUAUGACGUUGAGUUUUUAUAA